AUGUCCCCCCAUCCAGAUGCAGCAGUUCACCCUGAAGCAACGGGGGCAGCCAAAUUGUUGGUCGAAAAUCACCGUGCGGAGCAGCCAUUAAAGCUGUAUGCCGGGUGGUUCUGCAAGUUUACUGACCUGAACGACAGCUUUGUCCAACGGGUCUGGCUCGCACUAGAGGAGAAACAAAUCCCUUACCAGUACAUCGAAGUCAAUCCUUACCACAAGCCACAGUCGCUUCUCUCACUGAACCCGCGCGGUCUGGUUCCGACAUUAUCAUGUGUGGUUAAAGAUGGGGGCGCUCAGACAGCCAAGCCCCUGUAUGAAUCCACAGUUAUUCUUGAGUACCUCGAGGAGGCCUACCCAGAUAACUCUCCACGGCUCCUCCCGGCAGACCCCUACGACAGAGCCCGAGUACGCAUCUGGAUUGAUUAUGUUACCUCGCGGAUUAUCCCGUCUUUCCACCGAUUUCUCCAAUACCAGCCCAAGUCGGGAGGUGAAGACCCAACGGCUGGCUUGGAGAGAGUCAGACAGGAAUUCCUGGGUCAUCUCAAGGAAUGGACUAGGGAAAUGCAUGCCGACGGACCAUUUUUCUUAGGAGAUCAUAUUGCACUCCCAGAUCUGGUACUCGCCCCAUGGGCGGUACGGCUGUGGGUCUUUGAUGAAUACAAAUCAGGUGGGCUUGGCAUCCCGGCGGAAGGCAAUGGAGGGGAGGAUGAGCCUCUUUGGCAGCGGUGGAGGAAGUGGCUGAAAGCUGUAGAGGAUAGGAGAAGUGUGAGAGAAACUACGAGUGAGAAGGAGUACUACCUCCCUGUCUAUAAGCGGUAUGCGGACAAUGUGGCCCAGAGUGAGUUGGCAAAAGCCACCCGUGAAGGAAAGGGGGUGCCAUGA